UAAGAGAGCUUAAUAUUUAUUGUUUCGAAAGCUUGGUUUUUGUUAAGUUUCCUUUGCCAAAGACAUCAGCUAUGUCAGCUAGAAAUAAGUGGAAGGCGCUCAUAAAUAAACACCAGUCCAUGAUUAACGCGCAAGCUGUUAACCAAGAUGUUAUUGUUAAGCAAGAGGUUAAUCAAGAUGUGUUAACGAAGCCAGCAAUGUCACCUCAAUCCACCCGGAACAUGUGGGAGAUGCUCAUAAACAAACAUCAGCCCACAUUUAAUCAAGAAAAACCAAUCUUUAAGUCCCGUAGUCGAUCUUCAUCAAGCUCUAUUAGGGAGAUUCUUCCACCACCCACACCAAACAGCGAACCAGAAGUGGAGUAUGAUCAGAACGGGCUUGAUGACGACGAGGAUGAACUCAUGGAGAACACCACCACUCCGGUAACUCCGGUAACUGCUGAUCCUCUUAGCAGACAAAACUCAAAAGAUUCAUCUUCCCCGAAAGAAGACCAAAUGAUCAGGCGACCUAGCACUAUAUUUAGUUCGGCUGGAAAUGGAGAGGUGGUCAGUCCCUGGGGUCCACCGACAAAGUCGAUGAAGAAGAAAAAAGGUUGGAUUGAGCCGGUAAAGCCAGUCACUGUAAAACCGACAAAAGAGAUAAAAAAGAUAGUAGCGGACACUAACGAGCUGUUCAAUUUAUUUGAGAGGCGAAACAAGGGGGAGAAAAUCACCAAAUUAGGGGACAGUGAUGCUAUAAGACCUGAUGAGAAAGACAGCACGGAAGUCGGAGGCAAUAUCCACAUGCGGAUAAGCUUCAGUCAGCCAGCAACCCUCCAAGUUGAGGUUAAACAAGCUGACGAUCUUGUUGUGUCCGUUAAGAACAAAACUUGUAACCCUUACGCUGUGGUCACACUCCUUGGGGAGUAUGAGGUCUUCAAAACUGAGGUGGUGGCUCUUUCACAGAACCCAGUAUGGAACCAAGUAUUCGACUUUGCACUGCCUCUCAAAUUCCUUCAAACCACAGCUGUGCUGGUUGUUUUGUACAACAAACACGGGGAGACCGUGGAGGAGUUCCUGGGUGAGGUUCACAUCUCCCUGGCUGGGUACAAACACUUCAAAGUCAUGGACGAUUGGUACCCUCUUGAGGAUCUGAGAGGAGAAGAAGCAAAGUUUGAUGGUUACCAGGAACUCCAAAAAGUACUGAAGUCUCUGAAGACAAAAGCUCCGAUGUCUCUGCCCGAUACUCUGCGACAAGAUGAACUGAGGAAGAAAGAAAACUUCAACAGUUACUAGAACUGCCGUCAAUCAGGACUAUGAUAGACCAGGACAGCUGGAGUAACAGCCAGUUGGGAAUGAGAUUUAUGAAAAUAUAGGACUUGAUGGAAUGGAAUUAAAUUAGGAACUUGAUGAAAACUCAAAAGACGCUGGAAAUAUGUUCGAGAUUUUGCUGAAUCGUUUGCUAAAGAUUUCAAACACCAAAUAAGAUACUAUACAGAAUGAAGUAUAUUAUUAUAGACGUGCGAUAAUUUUUUAAAGAGGAUUUUACUUCUAGAAUGAAUAGACUAUCACUUUCUCUAAAUUGCUUGCCCAAUGUUUUGAAAAUUCUAUGAGAGACGUAUUAUAACUCUUUUCUGACGAAUUUUCGACAAAAAAUACUUUUUUGGUUACGUGAUAAAGCCAAUGAACUCUAAUUGGAUUGUUUACAGUUAGAUUAAUGGUUUUGAAAUUGCAGUUUCUUUUGCCAGAAUACUGUCACAAUCACGUGACAUUUUUGGGUUUUACUGAUAUAUUAAGAGGCAGACUUUUUUACUCAUUAUAUUGAGAUAAGAUAUUGACUGGAACUGACCUUUAAUUCCUGAUCGACUCUGCAUCUCAUUGCCUGAUUAUUGCUGGCUGUACCAAUUUCAAAUGCGAGAAAAUGGUUACGAAAUGAGGAUUCGUGAUUGCACGGUUUUAGGAUGUUUUUAAAUUUUCGAGGCGUUAUUGUUUUUAUGUCUCUAUAUUUCCUAUUGUUUACAAAAUUUCUGUAAAAAUUAGCUUUGAUUGUAAAUGUUGAAAAUUGUAAAUGUCUUAGAUUUCUUCUUAACUGCACAGUUAGCCAUGUUUCGCAAUGUUCCCUGGGUGGGUGUGGUACUUAAAGCACGAGGGCUAAUUAAUAUCUUGAGAGGGUGGAAGAACAAAAGGUUCAAGCCAAGCGAAGCAUGGCUAGUAAUUGCACAGCAGUUUAGAGCUGCUUCGUCAAGUAAAAACCCUCAAAGAUUUCAUACUAUUUCCUUUUCAUACGUAACUUACAUAUGAAAAUAUGCGCUUAUUACAUUAUUGUGAGCACAAAAAAGGACACCUGUUAUACCUCCGCCAUUGAUGAACAAUUGUAUCGUCUAAAUUCCACUUUAACAAAUAACGAUCUUUACUGGAAAUAAAUUGGUCUUAAAUGCAUGAUAUUGUCUUUGGAAUCUUACUUUGAGUGACAAGAUUAUGGACGUUGCCUUGACAGACUUAUUCACUUUCAAAUGUUUUUCGUAACGAAUGAUGGAAAUGAAACGAUCUAAAAUU